UUUCAAACACACCUAUAAAAACCAAUAACAACGAGGAUUCAAAACCUUUAAACAUACUUGUGAUACAUUAAACAAAGGAUCGAAACGUGGAAAAGUUGGUUCCACUAUUAAUAUAUUAUGUUUUUCACCCAAAAGUAUCAAAUCUUGCUUUUCCUUUGGUCGUGUGUUAGACGAAAUCGAAUAAGUGUUUUCCGGCUUCCAUUGAAUAAAUACUAAAUGUUAUAUGAUUGGAGGAAUUUGAGCCAUUUUUUAAAUAAAAUAAUACCCUUGACGUGUCAUCAUCACACAUUGUAGUAUAUUUCUGCAUGGAAUCUUCAAGCAAAGAUUCUGAAAACAUCAGUUUCCUCGUUCGCAAACAUAAUGAAGAAGGUCUUACAAAAAUUGUUGUCCAGCUAAAAAAUGUUUUAUUAGAAAAAACUUCCGCCAAAAAAAAUUUUUUUUCAUGCAACAAGAAACAAAUGAAGUUUCAUGCUCAACAAAAACGUUAGAAAAAGAACAAAAUAACACAACUUUAAUAGAAAAUGACGAGAAAAAAGAUCAUUUCCAACCAUAUCAAUUUUUGAUACCUGAUGCAUCGAUUCAUGGCGAAGGUUUUUUCGUUGCUGCACUUCCUGCACAGCCCCGUGCUGAACGAACGCAUUGUGAUAUAGGUCAACAACCUAUGUGGCAUCCGGAUGCUAGUAAAAUAGGCGGCUUAUUUGAUAGAGAUUCAGUGUUUGUUAAAUAUUUUAAAGAUGGCUCCAUUUCUUUAAUAUAUGAGCAACAACUUAGGCAUCGCGGACUUCACGGAUAUAGUUUAACUAUAGUAGAUGGUCAGAUUUUACCGUCAGAUGGUAUUGGGUUUGUUUUCGCUGAUCGGGUACCUUGCAGUAAGAAUAUAAAACGGCUUUGGUCCAUAUUUGUUAAUCGUACGGGUCAUAUCAUCAAAAGGAUGGGGAGUCAUAUGGAAAGACAAGCAAAUCCUCAUUUGCCACCAUUGCAAUUAGGCAAUUGUGUGGCAAUGAUUCUUGACUUGGAUAAAUAUGUUGCGUCCUUUCAAACAACCGACUCUAAAGGCAAAAUUUUAGCAAGAGCCAAAAUCGAUUUAAUCUCAUUCGCGGAAAAAGUAGAUGCUUCUCAAGGCUAUUUAUGUGCAGUGUUAACCAAAUCCGGUGUUGUAUUAAGAAUGAAAAAAGCGUCAGUAGAUAUUUUGGAUCAACCAGAUGUACCGUAUCAGUUUGAAGUGCAUUCGCAUACAAAAAGCAUUCAUUUCGCAGGUAAUCAUGAAGAAAACUUACAGCGAUAUUAUCGUUACACAAGAGACCCAAAAUCUUAUGCGCUUUCAAGGGCAUCAAACAAAAACAAUGGUUUGAAUUAUUUGCAAGAUUUGGGUAAAUAUAAAAAAUACGAUUUUCCUUUUUAUUUACACCACAAAAAUGUUCAUGACAAAAUUAAAGAAAAUCAUUUAACAAACCACUUCCAACCUGAAGAUUCAAUGUCCUUUAGAUUACAAACUAAUCCAGGCAGAGAAAAUUAUGAAAAAUUUGACCCACUGUCUGUUCGACAUGAACAAGGAUUAGCACAACAUCAAAAAUAUGCCUCUUACGAUAUCAAAAGUUCUCAAAAAAAAUACUUUUUUAAUGGAUCACGAACAUUUAGAAAUUUACCCCUGAUCGAUUCCUUCGAUUUUGAUGAACAAUCCCAGGGUCAAUUCAACGAGGAAAAUAACAUGAUCACAAGAAAUCUGAACGAACCUUUGUCUUUGUUUAAAAGCUUUUCAUACUCCGGCGACACUCAAACUUAUCCAUACUUUGAACCACAAGUUUUCAAUCCAUUAAAUUUCAAUGAUUCGAAUGACUCCCGUACUUUAACAUCGUGGAUCGAUUCACAUGAAGAUUUUUCAGCUGGCAAAGACAACCGAAUGUCUUUUUUUCGUGAUUCUUUUAUUACCAGAAAUCAUCCAGCAUUUAAUGAAUUCCCCUAUCCGACUUCUAAUCAAAAAGCUGACACCAAGAUUUCUGUAAAGGAACUAAAGCAUCAAGAUGAAAAAAAUGCGAAAGUACCUUUUUAAAAAACAAGAUCAUUAACUAACAAAACCAGAAAAGUGAUGUUUUGUUGAACCAACCGUUGUCCUUUUUUUCCAUUUCUUAAACUCCACUUGUAACGGACGCAAACCUCUCUUUAACCAUGUAGCUAAUUUUUUAUAUGUGACUCUUUGUACAACACACAUUUUAAUUAAAAAAAAAUUUAGACCUUGUUAUAAAAAACUUCUAGAAUAUAUGACGGUCAUCUC